GCUCCCGAGACGGCGACCGUUAGCACUCGCCACUCAUCACGCGUUUCAAAUUUAAAUCCUCCCUCCAAACCACCACCCACAGCGCCAUUUGGUCCAUAGAUUAAGCACCAGCCAAGCCUCGCACUAACACGCACGCGAGCUCCGCGCACUACGAAACCCCCGUCCACCUCCACCUCCCCUCGCGCGCGCACCAAUGGCAGCCACGCCGCCCAAGAGGGAGCCGCUGGCCCCCCUCAGCUGCAACGCGGCCGCAAACACGCCUGCGGCCGCCACGCGGCCACGCGCGCCGGCGGUCUCUGCCGAGAAGGAGAACCUGGGCGCGGCCAAUCUCGGCCCCGGCAAGGAGGAAAAGAGGGCGACGGCGCCUGCUGCCGCGAAGGCGGCGCCGCUGAAGCCGUCGUCGCUGCAGGCCCGCAUGGAGGGCGAGGAGGCGGCGGGGCUGCCCGUGUUCGUCGGGCCGAGGGGGAGGGAGCUGCUGCCGCCGGCGCCGCCGGCGCCGGCGUCGUCGUCCUACGAGGCGUGGGACCUCUCCGACAACGAGGCGGCGCCGGCCGCGUCCUGGGCCACCCUGCCCAACAGGGCGCUGCUGUGCCGCCCGCUGCCGCUCGACGUCGGGAGGUGCACCUGCGUCGUCGUCAGGGAGAAGGCCACUGGUGCCAGAGGCGUGGCGCUCUACUCGCUCUACACCAACGAGGGGCAGGGGCGGCAGGACCGGAAGCUGGCGGUGGCCCGGCACCGGAGGAGGAGAGGGAGGUCGGAGUUCAUCGUGGCGCAGAACCAGGACGGCGUCUUCUGCAGCUCCGACAAGAACUUCCUCGGGACUAUGGGUGCCAAUCUUGUUGGAUCCAAGUACCAGAUUUGGGGACAGGGGAACCGGGUCGAUGAGCUGAAGAGCCAAUCCAAGCGGCUUCUCGGCGUUAUCGCAUUUGCCCCUACUAUUACUACGCUCACGGGGAGUUUCAGAAGCAUGAGGGCAUGGAUCCCCAAGAACCAGUCCAUGCAGUUGAGGACCAACAGUUCUGCUCAGAUUCAGCAUGUCAGUGGGCUUCCAAAGGAUUGGCAGGAGAAGAGGAGCAGAGCUGAACAACUCUGCUCAAGAUCACCUUUCUACAACAAUAUGACGAAGCGCUACGAACUAGAUUUCAGAGAGAGGGUUGGGAGGAUGGGAUACAAGGUGCAGACAUCAGUGAAGAACUUUCAGAUGACUUUGGAGGAAAAUGGGAGGCAGACGAUCUUGCAGCUUGGUAGGGUCGGGAAGUCCAAGUACAUAAUGGAUUUCAGAUACCCCUUGACUGGAUACCAAGCAUUCUGCAUUUGCUUGGCGUCGAUGGACUCCAAGCUUUGCUGCACGCUGUGACUGAGAUGCAGAUGCGACAGAGUUUCGUUUAGCCCGGAUGUUGUUUUUGUGCUGCACCCUGAUGGUUUCCUUUGUUCGAUUUUUAUGUACAUGUAGUCUUCUCGCCUCGAGAAGGGAUUAAAUAAUUAGUAGAAGUAUCAUAAGAGAGCAAAUUGUUCGUCUGCUUA